ACCGGGCAGGACUCCGGGCAGCGGCACACCAGGCAGGGGCACACCGGCAGAGGCACCAGGCGAAGCAGCAGGCACCGGGCCACCAGGCGGAGCAGCAGGCACCGGGCCACCAGGCGGAGCAGCAGGCACCGGGCCCCCAGGCGGGGCGACAGGCACCGGGCCCCCAGGCGGGGCGACAGGCACCGGGCCCCCAGGCGGGGCGACAGGCAUCGAGCCCCCAGGCGGGGCGACAGGCAUCGGGCCCCCAGGCAGGGGGACAGGCAUCGGGCCCCCAGGCGGGAGCGGCGGGCGCCGGACCCCCAGGCGGAGCGACAGGUCUCGGGCCCCCCCAGGCGGAGCGACAGGUCUCGGGCCCCCAGGCGGAGCGGCGGGAGCCGGACCCCCAGGCGGAGUGACAGGUCUCGGGCCCCCAGGCGGAGUGGCGGGCGCCGGACCCCCAGGCGGAGCGACAGGUCUCGGGCCCCCAGGCGGAGCGGCGGGCGCCGGACC